ACCACCUACAAAGAAAUUCCGCCGCCAUGCUGUCCACUUUUCCGGCCACUUUCCCAUCCGACGCCAUACUCGGUAGCUCGUUUUUGACAUGUGAUGGUGGCUUCAACCCGUGGGAAUCGUCGGAGCCAUUCUCCAUCUUUCAAUUUUCCAAACCUAAUUUUGAUUUCGACACUGGUUUGGCGGACAUUUUUCUCCAACCUGUUGAAUCAGUUAAUUCAAGUUCUUCCCGCUCGAUUCAUGCAAAACUUAACAUAGACCAAAUCGAUUCAAACCGUACAGAUGUGAUGGACGACGAACGUAGGCAAAGACGGAUGCUAUCGAAUCGAGAAUCAGCCAAGCGAUCGCGUAUACGUAAACAGAAGCAGUUUGAAAGUUUAAGGAACCAAGUGAACCAAUUAAGAAUUAAAAAAGUGGAAAUUUCAAACCGAUUACGGUUUGCUUUGUUCCACUGCCACCGUGUGCUAACGGAAAACGAUCGGCUGCAGUCGGAACAUGUGGUGCUCCGUCGAAAAUUGUUGGUCAUACGCCACAAUUUGCUUUUCCGGCAACUUCAACAAUUAUUCUCGGAGCAAUUCCAACCAAUAACUAAAAACAAUCAUAUUGGUUUUUGAAAAGAAAAAAAAAAACCCUAAGAACUCUCAUCUCUCUCUAUGUGCUUUUUUGUGUUGUGAAUUUAGUAGUUGUUCUUGAGAAAAUAGGUUGGAUUUUAAUAUAUAUUUUUCGGUGAAGGGUGAUUUUGUAAAAGCCAGAAGCCAUUGCCAUGUAAUUAUUASUGGUGUAUUUUAUUUUAUUUUUGACAUUAAUAUUA